UUUAACAUUAACUCUCAACAUCUUCAUCACCAUCACCAUGAGACUUUUGGAAUCAUUGUGAUUUUAUCUUUAAUCGUUGAAAAUUCAUUCACAUUCAGUAUUCGUAAACAUGGAAACAAAAUUAAUUCAAUUCCCUCUGAUGACAUUUCUCUCUGGUUUUCUGAUCAUUUUGAACCAAAGAUCAGUGAAACAUUAGCAUUAUCAUCAUCAUCUUCUUUAUCCUCAUCACCUUCAUCAUCUAAAUCAUCAUCAGUAACUUAUGAUGAAGAGGAACAUGUUAACGACAAUACAAAUAGUGAUGAUGGUUUACCAAUCAGAUCAUUUUCUUCAUCGUCCUCAACUGAAUCUCGUCCAGUGAUUCCAUUGAAAAAUUCAUCAGAGGCAAUUCCAUUCACGACAGUUGAUGCAACCCUGAGUAUCGAUGGUCUCAAGGAACCAAAUUCAGGUUCAUCCGAUAAAAUUGAAGAAGGUGUUGGCCCAGCAGUUUCAUUUGAAUAUGGUUCAGAUUAUGCUGAAAGUGAAACAGGAUAUUCAUCCUCAUCCCUUGGACCUGAAGAUGAAAAUAACUUUGAAACUGGUGACCUUAAAAUUGAGAUAAGUGACCUUAAACCAGUUUACAUUAAACCACCAAGCGGCUUUAAGCCAGUUCUAUACCCUAAUCGUGAGAUGGACGGAAUUCACCCAAUGGGCUCAUCUUUCUUGAACGAUUUUACACCCUCACCAACCAACCUUCAACCCAAAGUAACUUUACCACCUCCUAAAGAACCUUAUCCAUACCCUUAUCCCUUUGGUUUAACCUCAUGGACACUCGGUGGUAUUCGUGGUAUUCAACGAGGUGGUUUCUGGGAAUCAAUGGGCUCCGAUGCUGCUUUAGGUCUUCCUGUCCGUCCAUUUAAGGGUAAUCCGGUUUCCGUAGUUGAAUGGGUUAACCUUGGUGAUGGCACAAAAAUGGUUAACAAUCAUAACAAUAACAAUUACAAACCUCCACUUCCACCUCCGGUAACAUCAUCUCUAGAAUCAAAUCCACAGGAAGUUUCAUUUUCAUCUUCCUCUACAACAUCAUCAGGUAAACUUCCGUUAUCUUCUUGGGUAUUUGGUGGCCUUCGUCAAUUCUCACCAUUAACUUGGCAAAUGCCUCCAAUGGUAAUAGAAAAGGUUGAAUAUGUACCUUUAUCAUCAUCAUCAUCUUCUUCUUCUUCUUCAUCCUCAUCAUCUUCAUCCUCUGAUCCAUCAAAAUUAUCACCAAAUAUUAACUCAUAUUGGAUAAUAUCCGAUAAUGACCCAAGUCCUUCUGAGUAAAACUCUGAGAAAGGCAA